GUACAGAAGGGAAGGACAUACUCUUUCUGUGGCACCAUUGAGUACAUGGCACCUGAAAUCAUCAGGGGGAAAUCUGGGCAUGGCAAGUCAGUGGAUUGGUGGAGCCUUGGAAUCCUGAUGUUUGAGCUUCUGACGGGGGCUUCACCUUUUACCUUGGAGGGAGAGAGGAACUCUCAAAGUGAGGUGUCAAAACGGAUUUUGCGCUGUGACCCACCAUUCCCCUCUAUGAUCGGCUCCAUCGCUCAGGACCUGCUGAGGAAGUUGUUGGUGAAAGAUCCCCACAGGAGGUUGGGCUCAGGACCCCGGGGGUCUGAAGACAUCAAAGCACAUUCCUUCUUCAAGGGACUGAACUGGGCGGACCUAGCAGAGAAGAAGUUACCAAGUCCAUUCAAGCCGGAGCUGAAGAGUGAACUGGACACGGGGAACUUUGCUGAGGAGUUCACUGGGAUGGAUCCGGUCUACUCUCCUGCGAGCACGCCGCCAAGCACCGACCGCCUGUUCCAGGGUUACUCUUUUAUUGCUCCCUCCAUCCUGUUCAACAAGAAUGCGGUGAUGGGAGACUUUGUGCAAUCCCAGAUCGGUGCGGAUCGUCCAGCUUCAGCAUCUGUCCAACGCAGUGCCAUGUUAGAGGAGUCCCAUUUCUUUCAGCACUAUGAGCUGUGUCUCCAUGGCCCCCCCCUGGGUGAGGGUAGCUUCUCUGUGUGCAGGAAAUGCCGACACAAGCAAACCGGACACGAGUAUGCGGUCAAGAUCGUCAGCCGCAGGAUGGAAGCAAACACCCAGAGGGAGGUGGCUGCUUUGCGGCAAUGUGAGAGUCACCCAAACAUCGUCAAGCUGCAAGAAGUCUACACUGAUCAGUACCACACAUAUUUAGUGAUGGAGCUUCUGCGAGGUGGGGAGCUGCUGGAGAGGAUCAAGAGGAAGAAACUGUUCGGAGAGGCCGAGGCCAGUCAGCUGCUACAGAGCCUGUUCUCAGCUGUCAGCUUCAUGCACGAGGCCGGAGUCGUGCACAGAGACCUCAAACCGGAGAACGUGCUGUUUGCAGAUGAGGGGGAGGAAUCUGUGCUGAAAGUAAUAGAUUUUGGAUUUGCCCGCCUGUGCCCUGCAGGCAGUGCCCCCCUGCAGACCCCCUGCUUCACGCUGCAGUACGCUGCUCCUGAACUUUUUGAGAGUGCAGGAUACGACAAAGCCUGUGACCUCUGGAGUCUCGGGGUCAUCCUGUACACCAUGCUGUCAGGCCAGGUGCCAUUUCAGAGUGAGCAGCGGGGGAUGACCUCGUCAUAUGCUGCAGACAUCAUGCAAAAAAUUAAGGAGGGUGAUUUCUCAUUGGAAGGGGAGGCCUGGAAGGGCGUGUCGGAGGAUGCCAAAGAGCUUGUUAAAGGCCUGCUGACAGUGGACCCGGAGAUGCGUCUCAAACUCUCUGAUCUGAAGGAGAACAGCUGGCUGCAGGGCGGAGCCUCCAUGUCCACCACUCCUCUGUGCACUCCAGAUGUGCUGGAGUCUAGUGGACCUACUGUCCGCACCUAUGUAAACGCCACCUACAAGGCUUUCAACCGUGGCAAGAGAGAGGGCUUCUUUCUGAAAAGUGUUGACAAUGCUCCCCUUGCAAAACGCAGAAAGCUGAAGAUGACAAGUACAGGCGUUGAGACCCGGUGGAGUUCAUCCUCUUCUUCCUCCUCAUCUUCCACCUCCUCUGCCUCUGCAACAGCAUCGAAAGCACAGCCAAAGCUAACUGUGAGCCCAAAGGAAACUGUGAGCCCGAAGCAAACUGUGAGCCCAAAGCAGAGCUAGCCUCACUGGCAGAGGAGAGAUCACAGGGAAAGGGAAGAGGUAUGUGCUUAUACUGGCAACACAACAUCCUCCAGUGUCCAAAAAACAUUCUGACAAACCAAAAGACUGGUUUGAGUUCGUGUGAAGUUUUCAAUACAACAUUGAAUUCCAUGUUUUAACAGCAACUUCAUUCACCAUGCCAUUUUCUCCCUGAAACAAACUGUAUUUUCUCUGGAGUGGAUGGAAGAGAAAGGAAUUUUGGCAUCUUUAAGAUUGCACAGUCAUGUAUGGCCUUGAGAAAACUAUUCGUAUUCACUUACUAUAAUGGGGUGAUAUUACACACUAAAAGUUAAAUAUGAGAAAUGUACCUGUUUCACUGUGGGUCAGAAACAGUGCCUGGCUAUAUAGGGAUAAAGGGAAAAGGAGCCAUAAAUGAGCAGAAGCCAUAUAUAUAUAUAUAUAUACAUAUAUAUAUACAGCAACACAUGGAAAAUAUAUAUUGAGCUGUUGUGAGUACACACAAAUGUGCAUAAAAGCAAAUUAAAAGUCCUUCCAGGAAUUCACAGGCUUUAUCCUCUGAUUGUAUUUAGUUAUUUUGAAUGUUGCCACACAUAUGAUUGGCAGAAAUCUGCAAAAUGUGGCCCCAAGUGCUGUGCCACAUAUAGGCCCUGUGCUCUGUAAAUAUCAAAAUGGUUUCCUCUUGCGCUAUUUGCAAAUAAUUUAAAUGUUAAAAAAGAAAGGCUAAUUGCUGGAAGGACUGAGCGCAGAGGGAAAAGGAUAUGAUUUGUAUAAACUAUCCAACACUUUGUUGUAUAAAUCGUCUCUAUUGGAUGCAGUCAGUCUCCACAGAUCUCAUUGAACAAAUCGUGGGCCACAUCUCUUGAUCGAUGGUUCUAAUAAAGUAUUUGCAAGCAAUUUGUAGAGCUUGAACAGGUCGCAGUAAGUGUUCAACAGUAGUCAUGGAAUAGUUUUUCCUCAUUACUUGCUGUAAAUUACUCGCAUUUUUGUGCCGCUCUGAACAUUUCUAGCAUGCUAAUCUGUUGUGAUGAUGAUAAACUGUAAGAUCUUUAUUUUGGUAGCUCUGGCUUACUAUGGAAAUGUCACUCACAAUGUUUUCUAUGAUAACAAUUGCAGCUUAAGUGUUUGCACGUAAAUUGGAGCAAAAUCCCUUGUUCUUCGCCUUGGGCUUUUGAAUUUUUAAAAGGUGUUACAGUUUUCCCUAUGAGACCAUCACAAAUACAAUUUGAUUUGAUACAGGGAAAGUUGAGGCCCCUGAAUCACGCUCAGCUUAAGGGUCUUUUUACACAUGUGGUUUUAAAACAUUGUAUGGCUUUGAAAACCGAAUAAUGUUACAUAAUGAGAAUUAAUUAUGAAUUUAAUAUGGUUCUGACGAGACCAUCAUACAACUUUUGUACAUACUCUUUCUUGAUUUAGAGCAAAACAAAUGUAUGUAAUGAUUUAAAAUUUGAAUUAUUUUAAUGGUAUAUUAGUUAUCUGAUGUAAUGUUGUUGGCUUUUGUUUUUUACAUGUUGCACAGUCAGUUGAUCAAUUAAAACACAUUUCAGCUUUAAAGGUGCUUCUGCUAAUAUUUAUUACAUGUAAUUGAUUUAUUGCCGUGGUAAUGGGAUUGAUAAUUAAAUUGGAUAUUGUUGUUUACCAGCUGUGUGUGUGAGUUUGUGUGUGUGUCGAUUUCAUUCACAAGUUGCCAAUUAGUGCAAAUGAACAUACAUUGGUACAUACAGUAUGUGUGAAUGAAUGGCAUGAAUGGUGCUGGGAUGUUAGUUGUACCUAUGUUUCUGUACCAGAUAUGCAUUAUUACAAUUGACUGUAUUAUUUUCAUGUUGCUUGCCGCCUUUGUCUGUUUAAAGGUAACUGGUUGUUUGUAUUUGACAUUUUUACUUAAGACACUGCUUUAUUUGGUGUUUAUAUUCUAUUGUAGUAAAUGAUAUUUUUCUUUAUUUCUCUUCCUUUUUUUGAGCUUUAUCAUUUUAAUGAGAUGCACUGUCACUGAUGUUGUAACUGGGAAUUGUACUUUUGCGCCAAUAUUUUUGGUUGGUGCAAAAAUAAACAUAACUUUUAAAUAAA